GUUUAUUACAUAGUGACCUUGCAUCUUUAUCUAUAAUGGAGUUGACAGCUGAACUGGAUACUACCAAUCGUCCUGAUGAGUGGAUGAUUGAACAGGGCCUGGCGGGUCACAAGCUACCUAUCCUUGACCAAUCUGAAAGUGACACUGUCCACAUUUACCCCCCGCCGGCGACCAAAUUGACGAAGGACGAAGAGGCGAUCGCAUCGGUUGGUGAUCGGGCUAAGCUCUUCACCCGCGAACGUAAUGGUUGGAAAGGAUACGUCGAGUGGGAAAACUAUCCUGAGAAAAAGGUCAAAGCGCGCAAGAUCCUCAAUUUGCAGACAUUUGCCCCAUGCCCUGAUUUCAUUUUCGGUCCAAUUCCAGGAACAAAUCCUGUGCUUCCGGGCGAUGAUUUCAAGGCGUGGCAUACUGCCCUCGGAGGUGAACUUGCCACUACUGCAGAUGACUCUUGGAGAUGCGUUCUUCGCGAGAAACAUGCAGAUAUGCUGCAUCUCCUCCAGUUCCCCUACAAUGGGGAACCUCCCAAGAGGCUGGUCACCUCGAAGCCGAUAACACCAAAUCCUCUCCACUUCGUCCGAAACCACGGCGGCAUUCCCAUCAUUGAUAAAGAAGAGUGGGAACUGUCGCUAGAUGGGUUGGUGAAUCACCCAACGACUUAUAAAUUCCAUGAUCUCAUGGAUGAGACCAAGUUCCCACGCAUGGAGAAGACAGUCACUAUCCAGUGCUCGGGAACUCGUCGGAUUGAGCAAAUUUCCCUGUACGGUGGUCAGGGAGACGAAGUUCCCCAGGCACCGUGGGCUGAGGGUGCCAUUGGGACAGCUCGUUACGUCGGUAUCAGCUUGAAGAAGCUGAUUAAGGACUGCGGGGGGCUCGUCAAGCCAGCUAAACAUCUCGAACUUUACGGUGCUGAGACCUACAUCAAGGAUCUUGAGGUGGGCAAUUACCUUGUUAGUGUCCCGUGGUCCAAGGUGAAGGCCAAUGAGGUGAUGCUGGCCUGGGAGAUGAACGGUGAACCUUUGCCCAAAAUCCAUGGGUAUCCGUUGCGAGUUGUGGUACUAGGAUACAUUGGAGCCCGAAGCGUCAAAUGGCUUUACCGCAUCAAGGCCAUUGCGAACCCAUCUCUCGCCCCGGUUCAGAGCAAGGAAUACCUCUACUUCAACCAACAAGUUGGCAAGUAUAACAUACGCCCCACAGACGGCAUCCAAAUCCAGGAAAUGCCAGUCAGCUCAGCUAUCAUGAGCCCAUGGACAAAACAAGCGGUCAUACACACAGGAAAGAUCAGAUGCAAAGGCUGGGCCUACUCCGGCGGUGGUCGAUGGCCUGAAAGAGUCGAAUUGUCCGCAGAUGGCGGUUUCACCUGGUACGACGUGCCACCGGAGCGUCUAUCCAAAAAGGGAAAAUGGACCUGGCGUACCUGGGAAUUCGAUUUACCUUGUGACGUCGAAGGAUGGAUUGAGAUUGUCUGUCGAUGCUGGGAUAACUCCCUCAACACGCAGCCACUCAAUGUCCGCGCGGCGUGGAACUGGGGUCUGCAUGUCACGUCCUCGGCUCAUCGAAUCAAGGUCUAUAGUAUCAACAAGAGUCGGGAAAUUACAAGAAAGCGUUUGGAUAAGUAUGAGCAGCAGGGGAUUCCCUUGGCUCCUCUUAGUCGCUAUGAGAUUAUCUCGGGUCAGACACCGGAGGAAUAUGAGCAGUAUUGGAAAGAGCAUGACCCACGGGAUGUCGACGAAUAA